UGUUGAGUUUUAACAAGGUUCCAGCCUUCUAGGUUUACCGUUUAUUGAUAAUUUCUGGAUUGCUGAUAACUGCCAAUUUUUGCAGCGAUUGAAUAGGGUCGAAAUAUUUAGUUUCUUACUGUUCAAUCUGCAUGAUUGUAAUGCGUAUAUUUAACAAAGUGUGGAUUUUGAUGCCUGCAGAAGCUCCGUUCGUCAUCCACAUUCCGUCGGGAAAUUGGUCGCUUGGGAUCCAGACCUGGACAGAUUGUUCCUCCGACUUCCUUUCCUAAUUGUUUUCAUCGCUCCGUUAAAUUGGACUUUAUAUGAUGGUUGUAUUGUUACUACUGUGCCGAACCAGCAGUAACGUCAAUCGUAAUGUCACAACGCAGAGCUGCACAUAGUCGUUCGGUAGUAACACUGUGCAGCUGUGUGACAAAUCUCUAAGGAGUACAUCGAGCGAACGCUUGUCGCCGAUUCCGAAGGGAUUGUUCAGCUGUGAUUAAGCGUUUGUCGAAACGAGAGGACAACUGCUCUUGCUAUCAUUUCUUCGGAUAUCAAUCAGUCUGGAUCUCUACAGUUGUAUCCCAGUGUGGACUCCGUGACCUUAUGCGGAUAGCUUCCGGUGAUGGGUUUCGGAACCUUUUUCCGUCGGCGUGCGCGAUGGAUAAAAUAUCUGUUGAUCAUACCAGCGGUGUAUCUGUGUGUAUUUAUACUGAUGAACAAGUCAGAUGGCAGCAGCGGUGCUAGUGAAAGCCAAAGCAAAAACGGAUUACCUGUGAUAGAAGGUGUUGGCUAUGGCAUGCCACAUGUUCCCAAACCUUCAAAACCCAGACAAAUUUAUCGAAGGAAUGGGGAGAAAGAGAAAGAGGCGUCCGACAACGUGCUCGUGCCACCCGGCGUCAACACCGGUAACGAUCCGAAUGGUCCCGGCGAAAUGGGCAAAGCUGUUAACAUCAAGAAAGAAGAAUUAGGACCCAAGGAAAAGACCAAAUUUGAUGACGGUUGGCAGAAUAAUGCCUUCAAUCAGUAUGCCAGUGAUAUGAUUUCCGUUAAGCGAUCUCUCCCGGAUGUGCGUGAUGAACGAUGUCGAGAGGAGGAAAGUGGCUACUUGAAGGACCUUCCGGAUACGUCGGUUGUUGUCUGCUUUCAUAACGAAGCGUGGAGUGUUCUUUUACGGACAGUACACAGUAUUCUCGAUCGAUCGCCAUCCCAUUUGCUCAAAGAGAUCGUUCUUGUCGAUGAUGAUUCGGAUAUGGACCACUUGAAGAAACCACUGGAGGAAUAUAUGACCAAGUAUCCCAAAGUUAAAAUUAUGCGCGCUCCAAAGCGCGUUGGGCUGAUUCGCGCUCGGCUUCUGGGUGCCGAACAAGCACAAGGCGGUGUGAUAACUUUCCUGGACUCGCACUGUGAAUGCGCGCAGGGCUGGCUGGAGCCCCUACUGGAUCGGAUAGCACGCAACUGGACCACGGUCGUCUGCCCCGUUAUUGACGUUAUCGAUGACGCCACCUUCGAGUAUCAUUACGGUCGGGCAUCGGGCACGCAAGUUGGGGGAUUUGAUUGGAAUCUGCAGUUCAACUGGCACGGUAUUCCGGACAGGGAGAAGCAGCGCCGAAAGUACGAUACCGAUCCUGUCCAGUCACCCACCAUGGCCGGAGGAUUGUUUUCCAUUGAUAAGAAAUUCUUCGAACGCGUUGGUACCUAUGAUGAAGGUUUUGAUAUUUGGGGUGGUGAAAAUCUGGAGCUAAGCUUUAAGACAUGGAUGUGUGGCGGAACGCUUGAGAUUAUCCCCUGCUCCCAUGUUGGCCAUAUAUUUCGCAAACGAUCUCCAUAUAAAUGGCGGACCGGUGUCAACGUGCUGAAGCGUAACUCAAUCCGUUUAGCGGAAGUCUGGCUUGACGAGUACAAGAAGUAUUACUAUCAAAGAAUCAAUAAUGAUAUCGGUGACUUUGGUGAUGUGAGCAAGCGCAAAGACUUGCGAGAUAACCUCCAGUGCCAUUCCUUUGAGUGGUAUCUGAAGAACAUUUAUCCGGAGCUAUUUAUUCCCGGUGAAGCUGUGGCUUCUGGCGAGGUGCGUAACCGGGGCGAAGGCGGCCGUUUCUGCCUUGACAGUGCGUCUAAGAAAAACGAUUACCACAAACCCAUUACGAUGUAUCCCUGCCAUAAUCAGAUUCGCAAUAAAGGCGAUGGAAAUAAAUUUUGCAUGGAUGCCAGUACCGAUGAUGUCACUGACCAGCCCGUGGUCAUCAUGUAUCCGUGCCAUCAGCUGGGCGGAAAUCAGUAUUGGAGUUUGUCCAAAGAAGGGGAAAUACGUCGGGAUGAGGCCUGUAUCGAUUUUGCUGGCAAAGACGUCGUGGUGUACCCUUGUCACGGUCAGAAAGGAAACCAGCUGUGGAAUUAUAACCACGAAAGUGGCCGUAUGUUCCAUCCGACCAGCAAUAAAUGUAUGGAAAUGGCGUCGGAUCAUAAAACACUAAAGAUGCUUGCGUGUGAUGAGUCUAACGACCGGCAAAAGUGGAAAUUUCAAGACUAUGAUGCUUCGAAGGCAAUAAAGCACUAAUUUUGCUCCAAAAAGCGCUUGUUUGUGGUUGGUUGUUGAUUUGUUGACUGCAUUAACAUUUCCUGGGCUGGACUUCCCUCUCAGAUUAAUUCUGCGCGCUUCGGCCUCACUGACAUUCCAUUUUUGUGUGCCUUGGAUCCCGGUUGAAUUCCGGCGCAAUAUCUACCCCCAAAAUGACCAGCUAGUUCGCCCGCCGAAACACAAGAUUCCGACUCGUGAUAAUGUAUUUGCAGUAAUUAUUACCAAUUGUCUUUUCCUAGCAGCUUUAAUCGGUUUCGGAAGCAGAUGUUUUUGUUAUUUGGGAAAACGUUUUUUUAUUGUCGAUAUGAAAAUUACGCCUGCGAGUAUAUAAAUAUUCAGGUUA